CGAUUUAGAGAACAUACGUUCAGUGCUGUCAGUGAUUCCGGCCAAGUAAGAAGUUCUCUCCCACGUGUUUUGCCCAAGACUUAAAGCACUAUCAUAAAGGCUGUGCCUUGGAAUUGUGCAACGUUUACUGUAAAUUAAUAUACAUUUUGAAGGGUGGACUGAUUUUUUUAAUGCAGCCAGAACAAGUGUUUCCAUUUUCACCUAAACCUAGUUUCGAUCAUUUGAAGGAAUUCUAACAAAGGGACAGAUUGCAAUGGAUAAUAAAAAUCAAAUACUCUCAUAAAAGUUCGAAGUCUGAUAAGGAGGCGCGAAUAUCUGCAGACAAAAAUUUCAAAAAGAAAUAAAAUUGUUUUUGCACAUGGGACUGUAGAUUUGACGUAUCUUAUGGUUCACGUAACACUUCCUAUUGAUCGGACGCACCGUGACGCAAGAUUCUUUCCGAAAUUCCACGACCUUCAACGGAAUCGCGAAAUGUUAUCUCCAGCGAGAAUGCGUGAUAAGAAGUAUUUUGUUUUGUCCAGUCUCGAUCAGAAAAUACUGUUCAAAGGCCUACCUGAAUCUUUCAGAAGUGACAUCUAUUUCAUUUUUUUCAUACUUAGAUCACCUAUCGACCAUAUCGUAACCACGGUUCAAUUUAGAUCGAGUACCGAUGUAUCGCGAAGUUACGCACAUGUAUUUUCACGUGUUUAUAGCUAGCGAGAGAUACACAUCGCAUCAAAUUGCGCAAUAGAACGUUACGCAACGUAACCGGUUCACGAUAUAUAUAACUACAUGAAAAUUGAUGGGCUAAGACAGCGUCUCGAGAGGGUCGUCUAACUCUUGACACAACCUCAACUCGUCUUCAGCGCGUGUGGCCAAGGACAUUACGAUGCGUGCGAAACGGGAACACAUAGACAACGUCCAACCUGCCACGGUGGAUAAACAUUUUGAUGCAUUAAUCAACGACGAAGAAACAAUCGACUACGAUCCGUCGGAAGACCUAACACCGACAGAUUUCCCCGAGUGGUACGAUGAAAAGUUAUUCAAGGCAGGUAAAGAUUACUAUGACUCUAAUAUGGUCGGAUUAACCGCAGCUAGCCUGGCUGGACUGAUAUCGGUGCUGUCGAUUCCAACGAUUCUAAAAGUUCUCAUUUACACUAAACAAAGUGGAACGUCAUGCACAGCAUUCAAAAGAUAUUUCGAAACAGUUUUACACAGUCGUGCUUGGUACAUGGACGAUGCUACGACCAAGGGUUCGGACUGGUUCCGGUCACUUAACGUGGUUCGAUGGAAGCACAUGAUCUCAAGUCGACGAUCUUCUCGAGAUGGAUUUGGAGGAAUCAUGCAACGUGACAUGGCGUACACUCAGUUCGGGUUCUUGGGUUACGUUCUGAUCGAGCCAGAAUAUCUGGGCCUGACCAACACUCCGGAGGAACGAGAAGGAAUCAAUCACUUUUGGCGAGUCCUCGGGCACAUGCUCGGCAUUUCGGAUCGAUUGAACAUUUGUCGCAAAACCGAAGCCGAAACUACCCAAUUGUGCAGAAGAUUGCAAACCGAAGUAUUUGCAAAAUACUUCAAAGAGCUACCGCCAAAUUUUUUGCACAUGGCGGAGGUAAUGGUUGACGGAUUGUGGGUCAUCGACACGACCUUAAACACGGAUACAGUUUUCGCCGUGGCUUACCGUUUGAAUGGGUUGACAUAUCACAAACCCCUGAGCACGUGGAGCUGGCUCAAUCUGAAGUAUCGUGAACUUAUUUACACACUUCUUGGCUCAUCCAUCUUCGGCCCUGUAUUGCGUGUGUACUUCAAACACUUGCUAGCAUUCCAGUACUGGAUGACACUAAACUUCCCAAUCGUUGCAUGGAUUCGGUACGGAAAAGAAGAAUCUAAGAUAAAUCCCUAUCCAAAAUUCAAAUAGCUAUGACGUGUCACGUUUCAUGUAUGUUUCUUUAACCGUGAUAUUAUUUUAACCGAACCAGUUUCAAAGAAAAAGGAGACAGCCCUCCAAAUAGUAAUGAUAUGUAAGUGAGCAAUGGGAUUUGAGGGUGAAGAAAGUUAUUAGCGAAAUGUAACGUGACGUUCGAAAGUGUUUAGUGAGUAAUUUCACAUCGCAUUCGUAGAAUAUUGGUGGGAUAAUUAUUGCAACAUCUUUCAAUUCAAAGUCUUGACUUGUUUUUCUUUGAUUCUUUAAUCUUCACUUGACUGACUUCAGUUUGAUUGGUACCAACCGAUAGCGAAUUUAAAAGAUGCUUUUAGUUAUAACAACAUUUUCGUAUUACGCUGACAAGACGACUAUCAAAUUAUCGUGUCGGCAUAGUUGUAAAUAACUCGCGGAUCUUUCACGCGAAAAAAUGUGAUAACAGUAAAUUAAUAUCGCUGUAUUUGUGCAAGCUACGGGGUAUUAAAAAACUUCAAUAAGAAAUAAGAAAUAUUCCAUGUUUUUUUACCAAUAAUUACAGUACACCUUAUACUUUUA